AUAAUCUCAAAAGAACAGAACAUUUCUUCGAUCGAGGAGAUUCCUUCGGCAAUUUUUCAAAAACUCAGUCAAGCGAACGUGAUUCUGCAUGGCAAAUCAGUGUUUGGGUUUCCAGCGCACAAAUUUCAACGCGAAUUACAAAGUGCACUUGCAGAAAGCGUAGAAGCAAACGUUUUCGAUCAUCUAAAAAAGAUCCCUCAAAGGUACGGCUCUAUUAAGGUGUAACGAAGGCACGUUUCGCGUGCGCAAAAUAUACGGGGAUGGCAAUUGCAUGUUCAGAGCGAUCAGCUACGUUUUAUGGCAGAACGAGGAGGAACACCAAUCGCUUCGAGCUAUGGUUGUGCAGCACAUUAAGGACAAUUGGUACGAGUACGGUCCGUUCGUAAUGGCCGAGUGGAACAUUGCGGAUCGUCAAGAGUAUUACGAUUAUAUGAGCCUAGUGGGCACGUUCGCCAGCGAGCUGGAGUGCACGGUGGCCACGAAGCUCUAUCGCAUGAAUCUCUCAAUUUAUCGUGAGCUACCCGGCAGAUACGAACUCAAGUUGGUCUUCCACAAUCGUGUGAACUUCAGCUACGAAACUGCAAGGCUUCUGUUCACCGGAUGCUCCGAAAAUGGUCAUUACGACGUCCUGUUACCUGAUGACGAUUUAAUGACGAAUGUUUUUAUGGACUGACAAGCUACACUUUAUAUCAAUUAGUAAAAGAAAUAAUUAAAUGUUAAAAUAAUUCUCUACAAAUAAACUACAAAAUUGUAUAGUACAUGUACAAAAAUUUACU